AUGGCAAUGGAUGAUAAGAAAUUUGGUUGGGUUUUGGUUGGAGGCUUUUCAUUUGUGAUUGGAACGUUUUUCUUUUUAUUAUUCUUCUUUUUGUAUAUAAAUCCAGUUUUAAAGGUUAGAAAUGAUUAUUAUGAAAAGGAAUGUACUAUUACUGGAACAACUAUAUUAAAAUUUGGUUCUGGUUUUCAAUGGAAAUAUUAUCCAUUAAUUUUAACUCAAUAUAAAGAUGAUAAUGGAGCGACAGUUGAUGCACAAUGUUCAGAGAAUUUCUUUCAAAUACAUGCAUCAGUUUAUGGAAGUGGAAAAGCAGAGAGUUAUAUAGAAGAUUUUACAGUUGGUGAAACAGUCAAAUGUUGGGUGGACAAUGAUCUUGCAUCACACUGUUUUAUGAACACUAAAGUGCCUGGAGGGCUAACCAUCUCUAAUGAAGGUAAGAACAACCAGCAACAAUCCUCAGCCCCAGCCGGAAACAGUUCAUCCGGACCAAAGCUUGGAGGAGACAAGUACGUUCCACCACACCUCAGACGUGAACAACAACAACGUGAAUUAGAUGAACGUGAACGUCAAACUGACAAUGGUGGAAAGGGAGGUCGUGAUGGUAACAACAACAGUGCCCCACGCGGAGUCGAAGGUGGUCGUACCAUGACCCGUGAAGACCGUCCCCAAGAAAAAGACCCACGUGACUUUAGAGACGAAGCCCCCCGUUCUACUGGUGGUUACUCUCGUGAAGACAACAACGGCUACCGUGGUGGUCGUGGUGGUUCAAACUAUUCCCCAUCCUACCGUGGAGGUGGUGGUGGCGGUGGUGGUUGGGACCGUGGUAGUGGAGGUGGUUAUGGUGGCUCGCCAUCCUACACCCGUCCAUCUGCCUUUGGUAACAACAACCGUGGAAGCGGUGGUGGUUACGGUAAAGGUAGAAUCGACCGUUAUUAUGAAAAGUGGAAUCAAUUCAAGGAUUCCAGAGUUCAUAAGGAUAUGAAGAGAGACGAAAUUACUUUAGAUGAAAAGACAGCUGAAGAAAUUUUCAAGUCAAAGGGUAAUCAUGGUAUUGAUUUUGAUUCAGUUGAUGAUGAUGACAUUUCAAUUGAAACCAGUGAACACAUUUGUGCUGCUCUCAACUCUUUUAUGGAUGUUGAUCUCGGAGAUGUCCUCUUCCGUAACAUCCAGUACGCCAAGUACACUCGUCCAACCCCCGUCCAAAAGAGCGCUCUCCCAAUCAUCAUGAAGGAACGUGAUUUGAUGGCCUGUGCCCAAACUGGUUCCGGAAAGACUGCCGCUUUCCUCUUCCCCAUCAUCUCAUCCAUCCUCUUGGACGGUGCCCCAGAACCACCCGCUGCCUACCGUCCAGGUGUCCCACGUCCAGUUCACCCACGUGCCCUCGUCCUCGCCCCAACUCGUGAGCUCGCCCAACAAAUCUACGAAGAGUCUGUCAAGUUCUCGUACGGUUCACCAGUUGCCUCGGUUGUCGUCUAUGGUGGUGCUGAAAUCUCUCAACAAAUCGCCGAACUCGACCGUGGUUGUGAUAUCUUGGUUGCCACUACCGGUCGUCUCGUCGAUCUCUUGUCCCGUGGCCGUGUCUCUUUGAGCCAAGUCAAGUUCCUCGUACUCGAUGAGGCCGAUCGUAUGUUGGAUAUGGGUUUCGAACCACAAAUCCGUCAAAUCAUCCAAGACCACGAUCUCCCAUGCAACAAGGAUCGUCAAACACUCAUGUUUUCUGCCACCUUCCCCAAGCCAAUCCAGAACCUCGCUUCUGAUUUCCUCGACAACUACAUCUUCCUCAAGGUCGGCGUUAUUGGUACCACUCAAAACAUCACCCAGCGUAUCGAGUAUGUACCAGACGAUGAAAAGAACUCGACCCUCCUCGAUUUCCUCGAGACCUUGACCAAGUCCCAAGCCCUCACCCUCAUCUUUGUCGAAACCAAGCGUCUCUGCGACAGUCUUACCGUCUUCCUCAACAGUCGUGGUUACCCAACCACCUGUAUCCACGGUGAUUUGUCCCAAUACGAACGUGAGAGUGCCCUCAACUCUUUCCGUAGUGGAAACACCCCAUUCUUGGUCGCCACUGAUGUCGCCUCUAGGGGUUUGCAUAUUCCAAACGUUAUGCACGUCAUCAACUAUGAUCUUCCAAACGAUGUCCACGUUUACGUCCAUCGUAUCGGUCGUACUGGUCGUGCCGGUAAGAAGGGUAAUGCCAUUUCCUUCUUUAACGAAAAGAACAAGCCAAUCGCCCAAGAACUCUUCCAAUUGAUGAAAAAGUCCAACCAAGAAGUCCCAGAUUGGUUCGAUCGUUCCGUCAACUCUUUCCGUCCAAGCAAGGGUGGUCCACCCCAAAAGCGUUACAACAACAAUGACAACUUUGGCAGACACUACAACAACAACCGUGGUGGUGAUCGUGAAGACCGUUACUCUGGUGGUGGUGGUGGCCGUUCUGGUGGCGGUGGUGGUGGUCGUGGUGGAAACAGUGACGACUACUCUGGUUACCAACAACAAUACAUGGGUGGUGGCGGCGGUGGCAGCUAUGGUGGUAGUUACAACUAA